ACCAGCCUCCGGACCCCGGAGCUGACGUGGGAGCGCGUCCGUUCCCAGGUGGAUCAUGUCAUCUGGCCGGAUGGGAAGAGAGUGGUGCUGCUGGCUGAGGGACGUCUCCUCAACCUGAGCUGCUCCACAGUUCCCACCUUUGUCCUCUCCAUCACAGCCACCACUCAGGCCCUGGCGCUGAUCGAGCUGUACAAUGCCCCCGAGGGUCGCUACAAACAGGACGUGUACCUGCUGCCCAAGAAGAUGGAUGAGUACGUGGCCAGUUUGCACCUGCCCUCAUUUGAUGCUCACCUGACAGAGCUGACAGACGACCAGGCCAAGUACCUGGGCCUCAACAAAAAUGGGCCUUUCAAACCCAACUACUACAGGUGA